AACUAUCGUUCCGCCGACAUCCCAUCGCUAUUCCUACCGCACGCUGCAAACCGUGAAUUUUUCUUCAAUUUUAUCAUUUUCCUGACUUAAAUCCUUGCAAAUAGGAAAUAUAACCCACUUGAUAUGGCGGCGGACAGCAAGAGCUCCCAACUGGACGACAUACAGCAACUGUUGCUGGAGCGUAUAGCCAAGAAUGACACGAGUGGAUUUGCACAGCUGCUCGGACAGCUGAAGGGUGGCGGCGUUAACUUUGUGGAUGACACGGGCAUGUCGCUUCUGGCGCAUGCGAGCUUCAAAGGCAACAAAGAGGCGGUGCAAAUACUGCUGGACAUGGGCGCCGACAUCAACUUGAAUCAGCACGGGGCCGACUAUACACCUCUGCACUUUGCCGCCCUGUCCGGCAGCACUCACGUGUGCCGCCAGCUGCUGGAUGCCGGCAUCAAUCCCGGCAGCAUCAACAGCGUCUCGCGCACCGCCUCACAGAUGGCCGCCUUCGUGGGAAACCAUGCCUGCGUAGAGACAAUCAACAACUAUGUGACUCGAUCUGGACUGGAGUACUACACACAAGCGCACGGCCAGCAAACGGAGCCGUUGAUACCGCCCGCGCUGCUCUCGGCCUUCCACACCUUUGUCAUCGAGAUCAAUCUGCAUCCCGUGAGAAUCGCCCUGAACGCCCAGUCCCUGGGACUGCUCAGGAUACUGAGUAACCUGCGCAAGACCCUGGCACUGAUGUGCGAGAAGGAGAUGCAGAAGACACACGACAUGAACGAGCUUCUGGCCUUCAAGUUCCACUACCAGGGCUGGAUCGUGGCCGAGCUGAUCCGCUGUGAGGAGCAGUUUAAGGCGCAGCACAAGGAGAAGAGUGGCGGCGACGAACCGGAGGCCAACAAAAACGACUUUAUCGAGCUGUUCGUGAAGAGGGUGCUCAAGGAGAACAAACAGGGCCAGCUGGACUACGUGGAGUACACGUUACGGGAGUGUGCGCGGGAGUUUCCCGUGCGGGAGUGCACCAUCUUCAGGCAGAUAGCCACGCAAUUUGGAGGCAAGGAUGCCCCGCCGGCCCUGGUUAUCCUGCGCAAUGCCAUCAACGGAAUGCGCGGCUUUGUGGACGAAACGAGCUACUGCAGCACCUGCGGACAGGAGAAGCCUGACAAGAAGUGCUCCAAAUGCAAGGCGGUGCAGUAUUGCGAUCGGGAGUGCCAGCGUCUGCACUGGUUCAUGCACAAGAAGAGCUGUGCCCGGCUCUUGGCCGCCUCCCUGGCUGGAGCCAUGGCCCAGGUGCAGUCGAAGGGUCCUAUUGAUACCUCAGAACUGCAGGAGGAGCUCUCCAAGCUGUCGGCGUAAUCGCCAUGCCAAGUGUUUCUUUUAUAUGGAAAUAUAUUUACUAUACACAAA